AUGAACCCUGAGCCGCUGCGCCAUGUCCGCAAAGCCCUGGUCGCCAACCGCGGCGAGAUCGCCGUUCAUUGCAUUCGCGUCUGUCACGAGCUCAGCGUCUGGAGUGUUGCGAUCGUGACACCGGCAGACGGGUCUUCUCUACAUGCACGGCUGGCCGAUGAAGUGAUUCCGCUCCCGGGAAGCGAUGGCACCACUGCCUCGAUCUCGCGAAUCGGCCAGGCCUGUGCAGUCGAUGCGAUCAUCCCGGGCUAUGGCUUGUUCAGUGGGGACCCCGAUUUCGCGGAGGCCGUUCGUAAGCAGGCAUACUACCCCUGUCUCUUCCAUCAGUUCGACAAGAUCAAGUUCUCUCGAGCUAGCGCUGCGGAGGAGUUGAGCCGACUUGAGCAACAGCUGUUUGAGCAAGGACGGGAAUGGGCUGGAGAAAUGUUCUUCCACAGAGAUGGUUCGAGUCGUCUCUCGGUAAACGCCAACGUAUGGAAGUUUCAGGUACGUCUCAGUGAUAUGCUGGAGGAAUACCGGGUGGUGGCGACCUUCGAGGCGAUGAAGAUGGAGGCCAAUGUUCUGACGACGCUGAUUCUGGCGGUGGUAGCACUAGGCGUGUUCCUAGUUCUAGAACAGAGAUUCUCCGCCGACCCAAUUCUCCCUCGGUACAUGAUCACCGACCGAGUGAAAGCGCUGGGCUGUGCCAGCGCCGCCCUGACCUAUGCUGUCUGGCAAGGCAGCAAUUACCUCUUGACCCUUCAGCUGCAAAUCUUCCAUCAAAAAGCCUUCGGUUACUCCGCACUUGCGACCUCGCUACGGUUCAUCCCCUUCGGUGUCACGGCCUUAGUGGUCAAUUUCGUAGUCCCCGUCCUAAUCGGCCCGGUCGGCGCUCGCACGCUUUUGGUGUGUAGCUGGGCCCUGACGCUGGGCGGACUGGUCCUCUUUACCCGGAUGGGCGGGGCCGACCACUACUGGUGCUUCUGUCUCCCCGGGAUGGUCCUGUAUAUUGCCGGUGUCGGGACGGUGUAUUUCGUGGGGAACGUGAGUGUGGUGGCCACCGCGAAGAAGGAGCAACAGGGGACGGUGGCUGGGGUUUAUAAUAUGUUCCUGGAUGUGGGCGGAGCAGUGCUGAGAGUGGCGGUAUUGACCGUGAUCUCCAACUCGGUGACUGCUGACCACGGAGGCGUUGAGAAUCCUCGCGCUGCCUUGGAUGGAUAUCAGGCGGGGUACUAUGCUGCGAUCGCAAUGGCGGCGCUUGGGGUGGUUCUGUCGUUGUUCUUUCGCUUACCUUGUUUAGAUGGUGAGAAGGGGGGUGGGGAAUGUGUUGAAGAACCAGGGACUUCAGCUUGA